AUGCGCAACUUUGUUGCACUAAUUUUGGCACUCUCUGGUGUCUUCCUUCUCGACCAAGGGCAUUCGUCUCAUCAGGAUAGCUCUAAAAGCUCUGGAAUCGCAGUGACAACUCCGGUGAACACCGAAGAUGACACGAGCGCAUCUCGUUCAAGAGGGGGUCAUCUAACUUCCAAAUGCAAUAGUCAGAACCUGGACCUAAAUUCUGAAGCAAUACGUUUCAGGGACAGGAUGAACCGGACAAGGAGAAGCCCGGGAGAUAUUAGCGCUAUAUAUGAAGUCUACACGAAUCGGAAACGUAACGGAACUUCUGACUACUAUUAUGCCGCUAAAUUCGCAACACACGUGAACGAUUUUCCCUCUAUUGCGGCUCUUUUGGAUCCCGACCAGAAGCUUUACCUGCUCGUCCACGGAUGGCUUGGUUCGAUUGCGUCCUUCUCAAGUAUCUCAAGCUCUUCGUCUUCAUCUGGCAAGGUCAAGGAUGAGGAACUGGCAGGCAUUAAGAACGAGCUCCUUCGGGUGGAAAACGCCACUGUUAUCGUGGUGGACUGGUUCGAAAAAGCCAAGGAGUUCUAUUCCGAUGCGAAGCGGUCUGCGAGGUAUAUGGCCUAUGGACUGGCAUGGCUCGUGAAGACGCUGGUCGAAGCCGGUGCUCUCAAAGUGUCCAAUGUGCAUUACAUCGGUCACAGCCUCGGGGCCCAGGCGGCAGCAUACUUCGCACAGAGCCUCAAGUCAAUCUUGGACGGUCAAAAGAUAGGCAGGAUUACAGGUUUAGAUCCAGCCAGCAAAGAUUUUGAAGGCGAGCAUCUGGACACGGACGAUGCCGACUUCGUGGACAUCAUUCACACCAGCAACGGCAUUCUUCAACUUGGAAUGCGCGAGCCUAUCGGCCAUGUCGACUUCUAUCCCGAUGGAGGAGGUCGCCAAUCGGGAUGCUAUAUCCCUGGUUGCUCUCACAAGAGGGCCAAGAUCUACUACCUCAACUCCAUCGAUUAUUGCCCCUACCCAUCUCGAUGCUGUCCUAGUGGCGCCUACAUUUCCUGGCUCAAGAUGAAGUGUGAUCGUUGGGUACCUUCCUGCGGAAGAAUGGGCCAUCACGCAAGCAGUGAUCUACGCGGAGUGCACUAUUUGGAAAUUGAUUCGGACUCCCCGUAUUGUGGUUCGUAG